AUGUUGUCUUCUCAACCCAUUCAUUUUUCCUCUAUAUCGCCUUCUCAGCCCAUUCAUUAUUUCCCUACAUUAUUUUUACAACUGAUUCAUUAUUUUUCUAUUUUGUAUUCUCAACCAGAUCAUUAUUCCACUCCUACUGAAGAGAACAAAAUAUUAAAAUCG